CGUCAGCAGCGCCCACUUCAUAGUAUAAAUCCCAAAGGCAUCAGUAGAGCGGUGGUCACAAUGCUUUAUCAGAGCCUUUACUUGGUGGUUAUAUGUUUAUUGAAUAUAAACACUUUUGGAUAUGCUACCAGCUGCAAUGAUCAACAGGAAAUGGUGAGCGGACGGUGCUGUGACAAAUGUCAACCAGGUCAAUUUGCAGAAGAAUUAUGCUCAGAGCACCGACAAACUGUCUGUAGCCCCUGUCCAGAGGGCUAUUUUGCCAACACAUCUAAUGUACUUGAUAGAUGCGAGAAAUGCCAGGAUUGUCAAGAGUCUUCUGAGAAAUGUACUUCAACCACAGAUGCAAAAUGUUCAUGCCGCUCUGGUUUCCUGUGUUCCAAUGAUAUGUGUACAAAAUGUGUGGAAAACAGAUGUGUCGCUGGGCAGAAACUCACUAAAACAUCCAGGAACUUCAGUCAUGUGACACAGUAUACUUAUGGGUGUGAAUCAAUAUGCCCUGAUGAUAAAACAUACUUUGAUGAGAAGGACAAUACCUGCAAGACACACACACAGUGCCGUGCUCUGGGCCUUGUUGAACUGUUUCCAGGGAACAAAACUCACGACGCAGUAUGUUGGUUUCCAGAUGUACCUAAAAGUGAGCAGAGGGCUGGAGAUUCCUUUCAUGUGAUUCUAAGCAUUGCCAUUGUCUCGCUCUCUCUCUCCCUCUUGGUUUUUUUUUGUUUUACCUGUGUGAAGAACCUGAAAAAACUUAAAAAAGAUACAAAUCCAGAUAGGACAGCACACUCUCUCAACCAUGCUGACUUUCACCUAUCAAAGGAGGAGAGUGGACUGCAACUCAUCAUCCAAGAUGAAGUUAAGGCCAUCGAUAGCGUCGUCGAGUCCAUCUGAAACCAGUCAAGGUUUGGUGGAAGGUAUGAGUGUGUCCAAAAUAACUCACCCGCAAAUAUGGAGACAACAGAGAAAGCUCUUUAAAGGACAGAAAUACAAGUGGAUGCUUGAGGAAUUUCCUGAUUCUCAAGAAAGAUAAAACCCUGGCCCUUCUUCAGUGACACUGUUGAAGUGGUCUUAAAGGAGUGAUAUUUUGUUUUUUUAAAUGGAAUUAUGCAUUUUAAAACAUUUCCCUGUGGUCUACGUAAACUGUAAAUGCUAUACUUGGGUCUGAAUUCUUCAUUAAUUCAACUCCACAG